CGCUAAGCACACAAUGUGAAAUCUUUCUGCCGAGGAACCUGGUGGCAGCAGCUACCUGCUAUGUGCCGGACAGAUACCUUAUAGCCAGUAUGCAUAACGGAUCCGUCAACAGCACCUUCACCUCAGACAACUACCCCGAGAAACUGCUGGAGAGGAUACGGCAAUUCCGUACCCAGCAGGACCUGUGCGAUGUGACGCUGGAGGCCGAAGGGGUGCUCUUCCCGGCCCACAAGCUUCUAUUAGCCUCGGCCAGCUCUUACUGUAAGCUGCUGUUUACUGAUCCUAAAGUCGGCAACUCCGUAAGGCUGAAGGAUGUCAGUGCCAAGGGCCUUCAGAACGUCCUGGACUUCAUCUACUCCAACAAACUCCACCUGUCUUGGGACAGCGUUGAAGACACCUUGCGGGCGGCAGAGGUCCUGCUUGUCCGGGAGGCGGUCAAGCUCUGCUUCCGUUUUUUAGAAGACGGGCUGAACCAAGAAACUUGUUUGGAUGUGCUGAAGAUGACCAAGAGGCACGGGCCGGAGGAGCUGAAGGAGAAGGCUGGAGGCUAUGUUGGCCACCACUAUCAACAAGUCCCUGGCCAUUUCGGAGACCUGAAUCUUGUAGACAAAGGGACGCUGUGCGAAGUCCUGGAGAGGGAAGACGUUCCGGGCUGCAGCGAGCUGGAUCUGUUCCGAGUCGCGUUGUCCUGGUUGCAGCACGACACCGCCAGGCUGAGGGAAGCUGCAGAUGUUCUCAAGAGGAUCCGCUUCUCGCUAAUUCCUCUAGAAGACCUUCAGAGAUGCGUGAAGGAGACGCCCGUCAUGAAAACCGACUCCAGCUGCUUUCGAUACCUGCAGGAGGCCCUGAAGUACCACUCGCAGGUUUACGCUCAGCCCACGCUGCACUGUGAUGGCGCCACCAUAAGGUCCAGUUCUGACAAGCUCCUGGUUUUGGGUGGAAGGACGAAUGACAACCAGGUCCUGGGCAGUAUUUGGGUGCAAAAUGACGACGGCAGCACGUGGUCUGAGCUUGGAGAGAUGUGCUCCCCGGUCUAUAAUCACUGCGUGGUGGUCAUCAAUGACUUCCUGUACGUCCUCGGAGGGCAAACCAGGUUCGACCCGUCGGGAAAACAUCCAUCGAAUGAGGUAUUCCGGUUUGACCCGCGCUCCGGCUCAUGGCUACAAGUUGCCAGCAUGUUAGAGAGAAGAACGCGUUUCCACACGGAAGUGAUUGGUGAACGUAUAAUCGCGGUCGGCGGAGGGUCCCUGUUGGGUCACCUCUCCCAGAGUGUGGAGGAGUAUCACCCUGCUGAAAACAAGUGGGAGUAUAGCGCCCCCUUUCCUGUCCCGGUGGCAGAUCACGCCGGAACGACCCAUAAGGGCAUUGUGUACAUUUCCGGGGGGUAUUCCACGAGUAAGACCCUUAAUGACGUGUACAGCUAUUUGCCAAGAUUGAAGCGCUGGGUGGUAAAUCGCGCCAUGAUGUCUUCCCGCUGUGAUCACGGAAUGGCCGCUGUCGGAGACAAAAUAUUCUGCGUAGGCGGGCGCACUUUGAACGCGGCGAAGGAAUGGAUCCAUGUGAAUGAGACGGAGUAUUACUGUCCAGCCAGCGACCAGUGGAGCGCCCUCAAGCUCUCGCCCUUCGACUGCUGCCAGUUCAGUAUAACCACCCACAAUUCCAAGCUUUUCAUCACCGGAGGGGGCUCCUUAAGGCGUAUGAAUAAAGAAGAUGGCGUCUUCGUGUAUGACCCCAAGGCCAAAGCCUGGAAGAAGGCGGGCUCCUUGCCGCGACCGCUGGUGGACCACGCUUCAUGCGCCAUUAAACUGCCUCACGGGAUGAUAGAGAAUCGGGAGAAGGAAGAGGAAAGCUCGGCCGUCCCGAACAAGAAGCGAUCGACUCUGAACCUGUUCAUCACCGGAAAACACGAGAGGGAAUUGUAACCAGCGAGGGCGAGUCCAUUGUCCUA